AUGUCUUUUCAAGUAGUAAAUUCUUUGGGAGCACAACCUACUACAUACACAGAGACAAAGGAAGGUACAAGUGAACUUGGUCAACAACAAAACAUGAAUAAUAAUUCAGAAGAAACUUUUUCAGAUAAUCCAACCGAGCUCUUGGAAUUCUCGCAACCUUCAGCACCAAUAUCAAGCACGGAUUCAUCAACAGUUUCGUCGUCAUCUACCUUAGAUUAUAAUUACGA